AUGAUUCAGCACAUCAAUCUUCAGAUCAGCGACCGGGAGCGGACCCGCGAAUGGUAUGAAAAAGUCCUGGGCGCGGAGUAUCUUGACCGUGGCCCGGAACUGAACCAGGGACAACUGCAACUGCGGAUUGGGAACGGAGAAAUUCAUAGCACCCUUACGCCAACUCCCAAUCCAUCGGGGCACUUUGCCCUGGAGGUUCACGACUGGGAUGAGAUGAUAGCCAACCUGGUUGCGUUGGAAGUGCCGCAUUCUACGCCUUCGGUCCGCGGCUACAGCGGCGGACACUCCACCUACAUCAAAGACCCCGACGGCAACAUGAUUGAGCUGGUGCAGCACCCCUUGGGACUGCGAAACUCAAAGGGCGAAACCGUGGAAGUAGCGCAUGACCCGAAGGGCAUGACUUGGGCGCAAGAGUCCGGCUUCGGUCCCAUCGGCUGA